AUGGCUGAGGCUUCACUUCGAGACGCCACAACGGCGCUGCCAGCUUCAGCGCCCUCGGCUGCUUCCGAUGCCGCCGACCAGCAGCCCAAGAAGUUUCCCAAGGGAGUCGUGCUGGGCAAAGAUGGCAAGCCAUGCCGAAGCUGCACUUCAUUUGCUGCAUGGGCUACGCAGACCAAGGACCAGACCAAGAAAGACCCAGUUCCCGGCAGCAGAGCCGUAUCCACCGCGGCCGUCGCCUCGGGCCCUCCAGCCGACUGUCCGCCAGACGUCGAGGCUCUUGGCCGGAGUACCUGGACGCUGCUCCAUUCCAUCGCGGCCUCGUACCCGGAGACGCCCUCGCAGACGCAGCGGUCCGACCUGAUGAGCUUUGUCGGGCUGUUCUCCAAGCUGUAUCCCUGCUGGGUCUGCGCCGAGGACUUCCAGAGCUACAUGGCCCGGCAGAAACCGCAGGUGAACUCGCGCGACGAAUUCUCGCAGUGGCUAUGCCGCGCGCACAACGACGUGAACAAGAAGCUGGGCAAGCCGCAGUUUGACUGCUCACGCUGGGAUGAGCGCUGGAGAACGGGCUGGAAGGACGGCCGCUGCGAUUGA